AUAGUGCUGAGAUGCGUGCAAACGUAUAUCGACGAAGAUCCUGCGAAUCGUUUAUUAAAUAAAUCUAAAACUAUUUUUAUAUGAAUUCCAAGUGUAACCUUGGUGUCCCUUUACUUUUAUUUCGGCAAUUAAGAUCCACGAUUCUCGACAAAAUCAAAUGGUUUCGAGCUUCAUACCUGUUUUGUGGAGAAUUAAAAAAUGUAUCGAACGGUCUAUAACAGAACGUACAGUUGCAUUUAAAAAAGGAGAGAUGCCACGUAUCACGCGAUGCAUCGCUCGAAACCGUUUAAUUUUUCCAAACGAAAGCUUUUCUAUCUUCUAUCGUUUCGAAGCUAUGGCUUGGCCCAGUUGCCUGGAAUUCCCCGUAUCGUACGCGCUAGCAAACUAUCGACGAUCAAAGCGUUAAAGUACCAGUGAAACAAAAACGAAGGAUUCGUGAAAAAUAUGCAAAGCACAGAGGAGCAGUGCGAGCGAGCUUCUAUCCCAUCUCGAAGAAGCAUAAGUAGAGCAGACUACGUUACGCCGUAUCCAAUUUCCGCUUUACAUGACGAAACACAUAACUGGAAACGAAAAUUCGGAUCUGCAAUUUAGUCGAAGACGCGGAAACAGAGGCGUAGAGACGAUACAGGUCGAAGGGGUUGACGCAGAAGUGUGCCAGGCGCGGAGAAAUCGAUGCGAACGAGGAAACAUGGCUCGUGGAACGGAUCAUUCGAGCCGCGACCACGAUAUUAAAUUAUCGAAUGGACCGCGAGACCACGAAUCGUCUCAAGAUGCACGAAAACGGUUCUGAAACGCCGUUUCCAAAGCAGCCGUCAACUUUUAGGCGGAUACCUGCGAGAGGUGCCAUAAAGCAUUCCGCUUCGAUCCUCCGGAGCAGAAAUAUUUCCACAACCGUGGUACCUGUUCGACGAGAGGGAACCGAGGAAAAACCGAGGCAAACAAAGGGAAUUAUUUAAACGAUGACAAACGACGCUCGACCAAGUCCUCGAACGGGAUCGAGCCGAAAAGAAUUGAAUUUUCCCGCUCCACCCCCUGAUGCGAGGUAGAAAAUACAAAUUACCCGGUCGGGAAUAAACGUCGUCGGUUUCACGUUCGACGUCGCGACGCGGAGGUCGCCGCGAUCACGUUAAAAAACGAUUUUUCUUCUCGUUGCCGGGCAUUGUCCAGAGUCCUCGUCGUUCCUACCUGUUUCACGGAUUGCUUCUCAGCGAGGAGACGCGAUGAACGCAUAACCGGUCGCCCGGAAAAUUCUCCAGACGUGAUCGACUCCCACGCGAAGAAACGUCGUGGACACGAUUUCAUUAAGGACUCGUCUCGGGGGAUUCACCUACCGGGUUUCCCAUGAAUCCAACUAUAUUAUUACAGUUUUCGGCGUCGCUGAUUCCAGGCACAAAAACGUAACAAAGAACGAGUCCAGGUCAAGAGAGGAGUCACUGUCGAGUCACCUGCUUCUUUUGUGUUCCUCGAGGGUUUCACGGAUACCUCUAAUCGACUGUAAAAGAGAGUCACUCCAAAAGCAGCCACUUCAGAGCACCGGUGGACGCCAAUUUGAUUUACUGGCGAAACACGUGUCGUUCCAUGGCCCCAAGUCGAUCGUAACGAGAGCGUGAAGGUGGAGACCAAACGAUAUCGUAGCUGCAAAAAGAAGAAGAGGAGAAAGAAGGAGAAGAAGAAAAAUACAAGCAGAAGCUUUCGAGGAUGAAUAAAAAUUUGUGACUCGAUUCGAACGUCUUUCAAACACCCGAUUAAUUACCAAUAAAUUUCCGAUUUAUGCGGCACUUUUCGUUGAUGGAUUUGAGUUGCGGUGCAGGGAGAGUACCGAGGGGACGGUAGAAGGCGGUAAUCACGCGAAUCGAGAUUUAAUCGCCAGUUUUAGAAGCCUCGUUCACGGUAUGUCUGGAUUGGUUCGAUUGUUGGAGCAUAGGCGGGCCUUCGGUCUUCUCCUCCGCCCCAACGUUAGUCGCCGCGUUAUGGCUGACCCACGGCAAAAACCGAUUUGCCAUCUCCUUGAUCGACCCCGCACUUCCGAUCCUCGUAAUUAUCAUGCGACGCGAGGAUGAGUCGAAUUUUUUUCACUUAACCGAGCUCCGACCGAUUCUGUGCUCCGAUACUUUGCGCACAGACGGGGAAAACACGCUGGACGGAAUUCCAUGUUACCGCGCGUCAUCCACCGUCGAUAGCUUGUCGUACAAGAUUGCUUUUGUAUGAACGUUUGUUAACAACACGAGCUCGGUAACCGUACUUAACUUGGAAACUGUAUUUAGGAAGUCAUAGAUACCCGGCUCCGAAUGACAUUCGAGAAUCUCGUAAAAAGGGACAUAAAAAAAGAAACGACCAACCAUCGAAGCUCGCCCCUAAAGCCUCUCUUCUAUAGAAACAUUGCCUAAACAAGUAGGAAAAUGGGCUGCAAGUAUCAGAGACUACCGCAUACGAUCGAUUAAAAGCACACCGAAACUCGCUAAAGUAAAGCGAGACGAACGGCAGGAAAGCAAUUAAGUCGAUUUCGUGCACCCUAAACUUCAUCCCCGAAUUAUGCGGUUAUGAAAAUAAAGAAAAAAAAAAGAACACAAGAAGGAAGGAUCCUCGCUCGAAUAGUUUCCCUUUCGUCGACUAUCGCAAACUGGCUGCAAAUUAUUCAUCGGCCCAAAGACGAAUUAAAAUCUCCAAUCGGAGGACGCGACCACCCCGUAGAACUGGUGUUUGCGCCGCUCUACGACGCUCACAGACGUGGUGGGAGUGUGCUGGUAAAAAUCAGCCGCGCUCACACGCACACCCACCUCCUGUUCCUGUGUGUGGACCACGGAGGAGAGACCAACACUUGACUCCCUCUGUCAGAGCAAGUCACAUUGUGCGUCUGCCCUCCGGCCUGACCGUUCAACCGUGGCCAUCAUCCCCCGAGAAGGCGAUCCGCGGGCGUUCAAGGUGGUGCUCGCGCGUGUCCGCAGUUCCAACGAGUCGGCCGAAAUCUUUACAGUUUCGUUCGACAGCCCUCGCCGGUAACGAUAUCCUUUCGCGACAUUUCGAACGCGAUUAACCCCGCACGACAGACGAGAAAGUUGGCUCGAGUUGUCAUCGGAGAUUACCGUUAGUUGAAGUGGACGACGGUUGAAGAGUCGGUGGUUGGAAGCUGCGGAAUUAUCGUUGUUCGAGCACGUCGUCCGAAUGUCGUAAAACGUUUUUUAGCGAGUUUCAUGGCUGAAUACCGAGCUUCUUCUGAACGAAGAUCGCGCGAGUUGUUCGAGUGGCAAUGUUCUUUUCGAGGACGACGAUGAAAUCGUAGAAUUUUGUCGUCGACGAGCAACAACGAAACAGGAUUUUCGUACAGAUCGUGCGCGUGUUUGGAAAGUGACUCUUUGCGCGAUAAAAGCAUUGGGAAGUGAAGUUUGUCGUUCGAGUAUUUGCAAGAGUCGUCGACAUUGCUCGAGAAUGCGUUAGAAUGUUGCCAUCCUCGGUCUCCGGAACCCCGUUCAGCGUCCGCGAUAUUCUCAGCGAGGAUCAACAGCUUGGAAUCAUGGAUUGCUAUCCGUCUGUCCAUCAUCAACAUCAGCUUCAACAGCAGCACGUGCCUCAGGAAUAUUACGGUUACAAUAUCGUGCCGGACAACAACUGGGACAUGGAAAAGUUCAAGGAGCAAUCGAUGCCGACUUAUCCUCACUAUCCCGACUUGGGUCACGUUCAUCAGUUGAAUCAGAUCGCCGCUCCGUACCAGGAUCCACCGGUUACAGAGGACGGUAACGUGGUUACAUCGAGCAAGACGGAGCUGCGAAAGAGUCAGUCCGGCAAGAGGACAAAGAGGAAGCCGAGGGUGCUUUUUUCCCAAAACCAAGUGUACGAGCUGGAACAACGAUUCAAGCAGCAACGAUACCUAAGCGCCCCAGAAAGGGAACUACUGGCUCAGACUCUGAAACUGACCAGUACCCAGGUGAAGAUCUGGUUCCAGAACCGACGGUACAAGAACAAACGCGCAAGGUUAGAGGACGCGGAGAAACUUCAAGCUCAGAACGCGAAGAACCAGUCUCUGAAGAAGAUCCACGUGCCGGUAUUGAUCAGAGAUGGUAAACCAAACAUCCAGGAAUCCUACAAUCCUUCGUACUGGUCCAACAUCAGGCCGGAGCUCGGCGUUUCGAUGCAACCGGACUUUCGAAUGAACGAAAUUCGGCCGAGCCCCGAAUUCAGAUCGACGAACGACAUGAGGAUGGACACGAACAUCAGUCCGGAGUUUAAAACGGAAAUCGGCGCCGAUGUCGCCGGAAAAUCGAGUUUGAACGGAGAGAUACAAGCCACCAGACAACACGUUCUCGUUACCACGGAUUUCCGAAAUAAUUUGUCGACGGAUCCUCGAGCUACCGUGCACGAUUGUCACAGGCAAAUGAAAGGGAACGCGAACGGCAACGAAGCGCCGCCAUUUCCAGAUUUGAAGAAUAUUUCCACGGAGAGUAAGAUCAUGGUGAGCGACGGAAGACCGGUGAUGGACGUCUCCAGCAGCGAUUACGGAUUCUCCAAUUACUUGGGUCCGGCUAACUACCAGAUGCAGUACGUCAAUUACAUGGAACAGGUGCCUAUGGACCAGAAUCUACAACGAUUGUGGUAGGAGAAGAUUUCGAGAUUUCAAUUGUUCUGCGCUGUGUUCUCUCUGUUACGUGUCAACCGUGUCGACUUGAAUCUUUCAUCGAGCUAAUAUACAGUAAGUUUACGUUCGUAGAACAAUCGAAGCAAUUUUUCGAGAGGACACGGUUGAGCACGCGGAGAGAUCGGAGAAAAGCUGCUAAUUCCAUGAAAUUAGAAGAUUUUGCGGUUCAAACGAAAGUGUUUUACGAUUAGGGUUCCGCUUUUCGAUUCGAGUGCGUCGCAGCCAAAGCUUAGAUAUUAGGAAAUUGUUCGAUACCGUAAGAGAAUCGAGAUAUUUCGAGUAUUAUUUUUCUAACCAGUUUCGGCCUUCCGUCGCUUGUAUCGCUGAUCUUUCAGACUUCCAAGUAUAAGUUACGUUCGUUAAAGUCGAGUUUCCAGUACUUUGGUAGUCGAAAAGCGAGGUAAAUAGAAAAACAAAAAAAAAAAAAGAAAAGAAAAAAGAAAGUCGGACAAUUUAUCCGCAAGUCUGCAACGUUGUUUGCGAGAAUGACGGCUGAGAAAAAAAUAGAGAAUCGCGUGACAACGUUACCAAACAGGUAGCCGAAGAGUAAUCGUGGCUGGUGCAUCUUUUAAUCACCGCGAUUGCGAUAGCUUUAAGUUCGACAUAGUUAGACUGUAAGGCCUACAGGCAGCUGUAUUUCAUUUUCUUCUUGUUCCCCCCCCCCCUCUGAUUCUCUUGUAGUUAGGUAAGAUACUCUCCCCUUCGAAAUAGUAACGCGCCGCUCAAGAAGCCCGAACGGAAAUUGCUUCAAGUGGCUUUUGCGGAAACAUCAGUUACUUCGUAUUCCGCAGACCUCGCCUUUCUCGUAAUUCUAUUUCUCUUUUCUCUUUUCUCUUUGUCUUUUUCCUCUCGGUAAUUCGGUUCUUUGAUCCGUCGAAUACGUUUACAACCGGAGAAAUGGCGAAAACUUUACUUCGAUUAUCGCGCAACGAAUGUUUCUUUCGGUGGAAAACCUGCGACACUGCGCUGCACUUUUGUACCAACGUUCACGAUUUGUUUACGGGAACGAGGAUACGAGAAAAUAAAUAAAACGAAAGAAACGACUAAA